CCAUAAUAUGUCAACUUCCUCAAAUAUAGACGAGAGAGUUGAGAGGAUGAAGCAGGCUGCUCAACAUGGAAAUAUUGAUGCCUUUUACAUCAUAAUUGAGGAGGAUGUACAACUUUUGGAGUACAUAGAUAAGCUAUCAUUUGUUGAUACUCCUUUACACAUAGCUGCAUAUGCUGGGCACAUCCCAUUUGCCAUGGAGCUGAUGAGAUUAAAGCCCUCAUUUUCUAGGAAGCUUAAUCCAAAUGGGUUCAGCCCUAUUCACCUUGCUCUAAAAAAUGGGCAUGGCGAGCUGGUGUGUCGGCUUCUAGAGGUAGAUGGGGAACUUUUCCGUGUAAAAGGAAGGGAGGGUGUCACCCCCUUGCAUUAUGUAGCAGCAACAGAUGAUUACCUUGAUCAAUUGGAAAAAUUUCUCGAGUUCUGUCCACAUUCUAUUGAAGAUGUGACAAUUCGAAAUGAGAAUGCUCUGCAUAUUGCCUUGAAGUACGACAAGUUGGAUGCUUUUAUACGCUUGGUGCGAUGGCUCCGAAAGAAUUGGUCUCGACAUUCAAUAUUGUGGGAGAGUAAAGUCCUGAACUGGAAGGAUGAGAAAGGCAACACGCCAUUGCACAUUGCAGUAUACAAAAAUCAACCCAAGGCUGUGAAGAAGUUAUUAUUAUAUUCAGGUAUUAAUAUAUACGCUAAGAAUUUAGAGGAGAAGACAGCAGGGGAUAUCUUGGUACAACAAAAUCAAAUAGAAAACCGUGAGAUCAAGGUUAUGCUACGGCGUGUUGGAGCUAUUCGAGCUCCAUCUCUUCCUGGAGUAACUUAUUAUGCACGUUACCUAUGGUCCAUGUUCUCACAUGUUGAGAAAGCAAGAAUGCAUUGUCUUGGUGAAUGGACUGAAAUAUCAGACGACAGGCGCAAUAUGCUUUUGGUGGUUGCUACACUUCUUAUGACUGUCACCUAUCAAGGAGUACUCAGCCCUCCUGGGGGACUUUGGCAAGAUGACUACCAUCCUGAACCCAAUACCACAUUACCGGCCACCAGAAAAUUCAAUUCAAGUGCUCCUAUUCCAAACGAAGCAGGGACACCUGUUGAUCUUCGAUAUUUUCCUUUCUGGGUGUUCUUGUCAUUAAAUUCUUUGACAUUUAUGCUCUCGUACUCAACAAUUCUUCUUCUAAUUCCAACCCAACGCAUUUAUCGAAUAGUCCGCCUAUCUCUUAUUUCCCUAUCUGUUUGCUAUAUAGUUUCCUUGACUGUCAUAAUCCCAACUAGAUUUUGGGAAACUUUUUGGUAUGUUUCUAUUUGCCUGCUUCUUUGUAUCUUCCUACUAAAUACUUCUGCUACUUGUGUAGCAUGGUCUUAUAAGGCUUGUCUCUAAUUUUUGGUCAACUCUAUUCUCAUCUACUGUCCCUUAAUUUAAAUGGACUAUAAAAGACUGUAAGGUUCAAUGCUAAGUCGUUUGCUGAUUCGUUCAUGGAGGAAGAAUUGACAGGGAAAUUUUUUUAAUGUAAGUAAGCCAUGCUUGGAGCUGUAUGCAUCUUAAAUGUGUGUGUCAAUUUUUACUGUUUCCUUUCCCACUAAGAAAUUUUGAAUGUAAAAUUUAGCUAAUGUUUCUAAGGCAAGUACUGA